GAUUCCAUGACUUUUGUGGUGGUCAAUCCGUCUAGUGGGUUGGGUUGAUGAAUUUUACCAAUUAGUGAGGAACAGGUGAACGGUUUUAUGGAAAAGAAAAUAUUUACAAUAGAUACAGUAAUUAAUGCAAAUUGAUAUCCUAACCAAAUAAGAUGAGCAAACAGUGUGCAAGGUGCGAAAAAACAGUGUAUCCCACCGAAGAGCUGAAGUGCCUGGACAAGGUUUGGCACAAACUAUGCUUCAAAUGCAAGGACUGCGGAAUGGCACUGAAUAUGCGAUCUUACAAAGGGUUCAACAAGGAGCCCUAUUGUGAAGCACACAUUCCGAAAGCGAAAGCUACCACUAUGGCAGAGACUCCUGAAUUGAAACGCAUUGCCGAAAACACCAAACUGCAGUCUAAUGUUAAAUACCACGCUGAUUUCGAGAAGAGCAAAGGCAAAUUUACGCAAGUAGCGGAUGAUCCGGAGACUCUUAGAAUCAAACAGAACACUAAAAUCAUCAGCAACGUAGCAUACCAUGGAGAUCUAUUGAGGAAAGCGGAGAUGGAACAGAGGAGGCACAACGAAAAUUCCAAUGGCCUAAAAGACCCCGAUGUAAAGAAUGCGAAUCCUCCACCACAAAGCUCAUACCAGCCCCCAGUUUCUCAGGCUCAAUCUUUGCCAGCUCACUCUGCUCCCGCAGCGAAUCCAACUAUCGGUAAGAUUGGCGACUAUGACCCGCAAGCGACUGGCGGUCAGUUCCAAAGUCCCUACUCUUCCAGGAAUUCUCAGACUUUGAUAUAUUCUUCAGACGUGGGAUCUGUGAACAGCCAGCCACAACGUCAUAUUGGUUCAGUUCACGACAUGGACCCCGUAAACCACAACUACGGCUCCCUAGGGCGCGUCUACAUGGCCAUGUACGACUACGGCGCCCAAGACGAGGACGAGGUCAGUUUCAAGGAGGGCGACUUGAUCAUCAACGUGCAGAGCAUCGACGGAGGUUGGAUGACGGGUGAGGUUCAACGUACCGGACAGGUGGGCAUGUUGCCCGCCAACUACGUACAGUUGGCCAACAUUUAAGGCCGGGUUUGGACGGAGGCACGAGCUGGUUCGUAGCGCGGUGAAAGUAUAGUGAUCUAAAAGGUAAAGAAGUGGAAAAAGGUCGGAAGAAAGCGGCAUCUACUGUAUGAUUAUUGUAUCGAGAAACAACUGUUCUUGUUGGUGGUGACUGCUAAUGUGCUAAGGAUCAGUAAAAAAUUUCGAUAUUUCAUUUUAAUAUUUUCCAGAACCCUGAUAGAAUUGAAAUUUCGGGAAUGCAUCCAACUAUUAUGUAAGCAAACUUUUCUCACUCCCCUCGUAUAAUUUGAAUCAUUUUCGUAAAAUUUUGAAUCAUUUUCAUAGUCUUACAUUGUUUUUAGAAGCGUGUUUUUUACAUUGAAAUGAUUUUCAUCAAUAACAAUGGCAAUAUUCUUUAUUUUACAAGAACUUGGUGAAACUAUGCCCAUACAAAAUUUGAAAAAAUACAAUUUUCGGGGCUAUUCAAAUCUCUGCAUGGUAGUCAUCAAGAGAUGAACACAAAAAAAGCAUUUUUUUCCCGUCACCAGAAAUGCAACACUCUUUUCGACGCGUGUUUUACCAACUAGGAGAUGAAGCCGUUAUUUUCAUCUCCUGAAGACGGCAACUAGCGUUGAAACGAGCGUUGGAAAGACUGUUGUAUUUCUGGUGAUUGGAAAAAGUGCUUCUUUUGGGUUUAUUCUAUGCCAGAUAAUUACAGUUUUGCCUUUUAUUGAGAGACAAACAGUUAGUUGAAUAGGGAAAUUAAUCAUCUACGAUGUCUAUCAGAAAUAUUAAAACUAAGUAGAAUUUUGACACACAAACGAAGUCUUUCACGACAAAAGUGUUUUGGCUUUCCACUUCUUCAUAUUUAUACUCCAGAAAAAAAAGAAGAAAAACAAAACGGUUUCGUCCCAAACAACUAAUCUAUUGUGAAAAAUAUUCCCCCGCUCAAUUCGAAAACAAAGUCCUCUCAGCUGUAAGUUUAUUCAAAUGGCAAGCCAAAUAUACGAUAUGAUAUAACGUAGAAACUGAUAACCUAAUAGUUUUAAAGUUUUCACAUUUCAAUGAAAAGUGUCAACUGAAAGAGAAAACAAACAGCAAAAAAAAGUUCAGCUCUAGUUAUUGUGACAAAGUUUGAAUAGAUAUUUAAUAUAUCUGCAAAUAAAGUGGAUUCAGCCAAAAAUAGAAUUCCGAAUUGUUUUUUUGCUGUAUACCUUCAGAACCAAAAGGCCCAGAGUCGAAUUUUUUUUAUCAUUCAAUAGAACUUGAAAAUGGUCAGCUUUACCACAAUUCAGUCGUCUCACUAUAUCUUACCAAAUAAAUUAAAAUAGUUGAAAAAUAGUAACUACAAGUAAGAGAUGAAAAAUAAGAGAUGAAAAAUAUUUCUACCACUUGUGACAUUUAGUUUUUUUGAAUAUACACCAGAUAUAUGAGAGUGGGAUAUUUGACUACAUAUAAAAAUUCAGAUAGAAAAUUUUGCAAAUAAUUUUGUAACAACAGUAAAAGAACUGUGUCAAACCUAUUUUCCAAAUGGCCAUUGCCGUGGUCUGCAUGUUUUUAUAUCUGACGUUUCUUCUACUACUGCGGUAGAUAUUAUCAAAGGCAAUGAGGUAACGGUCAAAGUGAUAGAGUUGUUCUCUGCAGUGAUAAUGUCUACCACAGUAUCACAUUCUUUAAACAGCAAAAUAACUUUGAAAUCUAAUGGAUAAAUAGCAUUGAACCCUAGACAUAGAUUGAAAAUAACAAAGGUGUCAUAAUUGAGCCGGGGGGCUUACCACUCCAAUUUUGUUGUGAGUGUUGCUAAACAGUAUCAUCGAAAGUUUGCGAUAGAUCGAGUUAUUUUUAUUCGAAACUAGGAAUUCUCAGAAGAAGCAAGUAAUAUAUGACAUUUUUGUUUUAUAUUUCCGUAUGAACAGAAGGAUUCAAGGCAAUAAAAUUAUAAAGAAGAUUUAUAUUUCACAGAAGUUUGUUGAAUAGGAAUUUAAGACAUUUUCAAACCUUUCAAAAUUAUUGAAUUCAUAUUGUUUUAAGCCAGUUAUUAAGCCUAGAAACGGGGAAUAUUUUUCAAGUACAUCUGCCGUUGAUUGAAAAUAAAAGUUUGCAUCAAUAUUUCUUGAAUUUUGAGGAGGAAAUUAAUCACUUGAAGACACUGAACUCGUUUUACCCUGUUGAAUCGUGAUUAUGAUCGAUUUAUGUCCGAUUCCCAUUAGCAGUACGCGAAAUUUCGCUCAAAAUGUCAACGUGUCUUCACUGAAAAUUUUCAAAUACAAGCCAAUAAAACGAUCAUACAUGCAGGAGAAACAAUCAUGUAAUGCUGCUUUCUUUUGACGUUUUUUAUUGAAAAAACUCCACUACAAGCACAAUAAAACACAACGUGUCUUCACUGAAAAUUUUCAAAUACAAGCCAAUAAAACGAUCAUACAUGCAGAAGAAACAAUCAUGUAAUGCUGCUUUCUUUUGACGUUUUUUAUUGAAAAAACUCCACUACAAGCACAAUAAAACACAAGUUGAUAUAAGGAAAAUAGGAAAAUCGAACAACAUGAAAUGUAUAAUCCAAUAGUUCUUGAUUUAUUGAACAAAAGUCUUUUUUUUUUGAGUUCUCAAGGUUUUUUAUCCAACUUUUUUUUGGGGUUUUCAUCUUCCACAAUGUAUGUUAACGUUUCAAAUGCAGAUUUUACCAUUUUAGCCUGCAACACGUUAAGAUAAAUGAUGGAAAAUGAGAAAAAACACAAAAAACGUUGAUUUUUUGACACUUCUUUUAUAAUGUAUCAAAAAAUUCUCCUUCGAACCAGCCUGUCUCUCUUCGAAUAGGACUCUUCUAGGAAAACUAUACAUACGCAUGUCCAUUUUGUAUAAAAGUACUGUCUUAAUUCUAGGAGGUUAGUCUUAUUUUUGAACAGCAAUGGAACUUUUUCAGAGCGAUCUGCAACAAUCAUCUCUUGUUCUGUUGCGUUAAACUUGCUUGCUUCAAUUUUCAUCAAACCAUCUAACAGGAACAAAAAAAAAUAUGUGAAUAUAUUUCCUUAUAUAAAUUAAUACUGAAUGAGUUCCAUUUUCUGCUAUAGGUGCUAGCGUUCUACAGGAUGUUUUUAGGAUUUUCAGAAUAUUCUAUGAUUCUGUGCCAAUAUUCGUCGAUAUACAGGGUGUAUACUAAUUCAAAAGAAGAUAAUGUUCGUUUUUUGAAGCAAGGGAACAUGAAAUUACAAACAUUUUCCUAGAAUUCAAAAAGUUUUAUUUUAGAAACCUCAAUAUUUUUGGAUUCCAAUCAAACCACGAUUUGUAAACAUCCUAUUCAUUACCUGCAUUUUUUAUAACCUCAUUUGAAUUUUCCAUUUUUGAUACAACAACUUGUGGGACGAAUAUUCGCACAGAACUGAAAUUUUGUUCUUUCCUGUGAACAAAAAAAUACUCUUUCAUUAGACUAUAUUUCAUUUGUUAGAAAAACCAUUCGUUAUACAGGGUUCUUGGAAACGAGUGAAUCAAACAACUUGCCAGGGGAAAAUUUCUACUUUCUCUUGUUUGUUGAACCCCGUGUAAAGUGAGUUUCAUUUCUACUAACCACUUGUCUAUAAAAUAUGAAUAAAUAUGCUUUUUGAAAUCGUAAACUUAGGACCAAUGAAACAUUUAGAUCUCUUCCAAAGUAUUCCGUAGUAGCCAUUUUACUUGCCAUCUUAGAUUUUUCUAUGUAUUUUAGUGUGGCAAACGAAUAACGUGAAUUUAAAAUGUAGUGGUACAGGGCGAGAGCAGUUUUGAUGUUACCUAGAGUGACUUAUUUCUUGAAAUUUUAAAUAACCAAAAAUUUCGUGGAUUAUCGACAAAAACGAUUCUAAAAAUUAUCUCAGUGAAUUACAGAAUUAUACUAGCGGUAGUUUUAUUUCGGUAAAUUCAGAGGACUUUCAAUUAAAUGGCUUUUUGAUACUAAGAUCAAUCUGAAAUUUUUGUAAUUCGAUGAAAAACAUACCUAUUUCAUCAAGAAAAAUCUGAGGAAUAUUUGCCACCAUGUUCAAGCUCAGGAACCUCAGGAAUUCUUUUUGAUUUUAUCAAAACAGACUUCAUCAAGAUCCUCUAAAUUCUUAUUUUAUGGAAUAUUUGAAGAAGUCAACAUUAAUUUCUUCGUAUAAUCAAUUAUGUUUUAUUUUACUUUAUAUGUAUUUGUGGGCUUUUCAAUUUAAAUACACUGAUUAGUAUUUGAGAAAUUUUGAAUUUAUUAUAUCAAUUCUGUUCAAUUUUCCAUAAUUUUUAUUUCAGAAAUUCUUGCGACAUGAGAAUUUCAAUGAGAAAUUUUAUACAAUUGCAGAAAAAUCUCGGAUUGUCCUCUAAAUGUUACAAAACUUUUUCUAUGGACUUGAUAUGGGUUUUUACGAAAUUUCUGAAUACCUUGAAUUAUAUAAAAAAAAUUCAAAGUAUUCAAAAAUACAGUAGUAGUGGAAUUCAAAUUCAUGUCACGAAAAAGAAAAUUAUAAAAUAUAUUUAAUUCAACCACAUUCCACAUAUUUCACGUGGCUGGAACUUCUCACAGAAAUUCUGUGAAGAACUGAAUUUUACCAAAAUUACUACAAAUCAUUCUAAUUGGUUAUAUAGUCGAGACAUUUCCUAAGUGAUCUUUAAAAAUAUUCAGAGGUUAUAAAAUAUGUAGGUUCUUCAUGAAACACGUCUCAGUAUUUGUGAAUUAUCAUGAAAAAUUCACCAAAAAUUAAUUAGUUCAUUACAGUAAAAUGUCUCGAAUAUUUUUUUUUUCCGGAUUUUUUGUUGAAAGCAAAAUGCCCAACGUUCGUUUCAAUACAUCUUUACACUAACAUUGAGAUAACUGAAUUGGUGAAAACUACAUACAUGAUGAAUAGUACCUCGUUUUAAUUUUUUUGUUAUUUUCGUUUGAUAUGAAUUUGGCAACACCGUAAAGUUUAUCCAUAUUGCAUAAUUUAAUUUUCUUCUUUUUCUUCUUCUUCUUCUUCUUCUUCUUCUUCCUCCUCCUCCUCCUGUGGUUUGUUGUCCUGACUGAGUGUGCAACUUUGCCAAAUAGUUUUUGAAGUCGAUUUGAUGAUUAAUACCAUAAUUAAGAAGCAUUUCAUAUUAUGAAAUUAAAACAUUUCAAAUUUUGUUGAAGAGAUAUUCAAUUCGAGAAAGGGGGCAAGUUCAACGGUAGUAACGUCACAUUUAUUAUUGAACCUUCGAUUUUUCUUCAAAAUGGUAAUUUUUAGGUAUCACUUCCUGGUAAAUUACCCAUUUUUUUUAUAGAACUAACAAAUAAUGUCGACUUUUUUUUUGGGAAAAUGUAAAGGUCUGUUGUUACAGAUUUAAUGUAAUAAUAAUAAUGAAUAUGCGGAGUUCUCCGAUAUGAUUUCGCCCUCUAUCCCUUACGUAAAUACUUUGAGAGAUUUUGUAGAAAUCCUGUUUUUGAAACACAAAUUGAAUAGGUUUCCACAAUUAAUUAUUCUCGCCCUGUACAAAUGCCGAAUUCAUUCCGACUUGCAUUUAUUGAAAUUAUCAUUCCCAAGGAUUCAAAAUGGCGGAAUAAUCCAGAACAACUGUUUGUGCCUUGAAGCGAUGCAACAAUAUUUACAAUGUUGACUUUUGAUAUCUAUUUACAAUAUUUGUAUUUAUCGUAGUAUAAAUGUCGUCAGCGGGCGAUUUAUGUUCAGCUCGUGAUUUCUUUAUAUCACUAUCAUUAUUUAAAAGACAUAUUGAAUUUUAAAGAAAUGAUUGAUAAGCCUUGAAAGUUUUUUUUUGAAGUGGUGUUUUGGAAAAUAUUUCAGCUGGUUUGUAAUGUUUUAUUUCCAAAAAAUUACUCUCAAAACAUAAGUAGUUUUCUAUUUUUAUAGUGAACUUAGGUAUAUUCCAACGUUGACCAGAUUUGAAACUUUAAAAAUCUCACGGUACCAAAAUUGUUUCUUUUUGUUCAUUUACGAAUACAGGGUUAAUCGAAAAAAAUAUUAUAGAGGAAGACGUGAAUUAUUUCCACCGAAAUGUUGGGAGCAUUGUAAUAAUCUCACUUUUGAAUAUAAUGCGUUUUUCGAGUUACCUUGUAUACCUGGCCGGUCCGUCAAAUAACUGAUUAACUUGGUGCUUUUUUUACUUGUUAAUUCGGGCGUUUAUUUUUUUUUUUAAGUAUCAUGUGCUUUGAGUAAAUCAUUUUUAUGUAAUUGGUAAUUACAUCACUUGUAUUGCUCUUUUGUAGAAUAUCCUUUGAUUUCAACUUGUAUUAUUAUCUAAAGUUAUAGGAAAUACCCUUUUAUGCUUUAAUUUUGUGAAUUAUAGUUACUAUAAAGUGUUAAAUAAAAGUAAUACAGAAAAA